GCAGUUGAAGAUGUCAAUGUCACAUUUGAGGACCAGAAGAAGAUAAAUACGUUUGCCAGAAACACGAAUCGAAUGACAGAAUUCAAAGAUGAAAUAGAGGCAAAAAAGGUAAGAGGGGUUAAUGUAUUGAUGAGGAAAAUCUGAAUAAUGAGAUUCUUUAUUUAUUUCCUCUUAUUCUAGUACAUCAUAUUGUCACUACUGUUAUAUUAUAUAACCUAACUAUAACCAUCAAUCUCCUUUCUUCUCUUCUCAGAAAUCUCUACAGAAUCUGCAGGAUGCCAGUGAUGACCUGAUGAUGGCUGAGGAUGACUCUCUGCUCGUCCCGUAUCAGAUUGGCGACGUCUUCAUCAGUCACACCCAGGAAGAGACCCAAGAGAUGUUGGAAGCUGCAAAAGUAUUGUUAUUAUGAUUUAGUCAGGCAAUGUUCACAUUAUUCUGACAUUUUAGAAUGUAAUAGUAUGUUGAAUGCCAAUGCAUAAUGCCAUUGGGAAGGCCUAAAAAAAUGACCUAAAAGCGCCAAUCAGCAUUAGAAAUAAUAACAAAGCGGUCGCCCCACCCCUGGUUCGGUAAAAAGCUGAGGGAUGGGGCUGGAGAAAUGUAACCACUCUCAAAUUCAUAGACAUAGCUAUGGAUGCAAGGACUGAUUUAUUAUGACAAUUAGUUUUAACCAUGUUUUGAGGUUGUAUAGUGUUUGUUUAAACAUGUUUGUUUACAAACAUUGGAGUAAAACAAGUUUAUAGUUUGGGUUCUGAUAGGGAACGACAGUUGAACUAAGCUCAUGAGGCAUUUAUAAGUUAUAUUCUUGAAGAGUCAAUGGGUACAUAUAAUUAAUUUCUAAGUAAAAAAAAUGGAUGUAGCAACUGCUGAUUGCCACUUAAAGUGGGAAUGCAUAGUUUUUUACACUUUUUGCAUGCUUUUGGGGGGAGGUUUUCCCCCUAAAUUACAACAAUUCAAUGUAAACUUGAGGUCCUUGAAAUUCACAAUUAAGUGCAUGAAGAAUUCAUUGAAGGUCCUUGAAUUUGACCUGCCACUGUCUGAACCCUGUAUUAUAUGACUUGUGUAGAAGUUAGUGUAGGUCUACCUCGGAAACAGGGAUGCCUGUUCCUAAGGCAAACACAGAUGGGUUAUUUAACGUUGCAUGGGUUAUUUAACAUUCCAGUUUUAACAUUGCAUUAUGAAGCCAAAGGCCAGGAUAUCAAGGUAUUAUGCUUGACCCUAUUACUAAAAAUGCAACCUAAAUAAUUUUAACCAUUCUGAUUUAUUUCCAUGUCAGAGCUUAUUAUAGUCUAUUAAUAUGCAUUGUUUGUGGCCACAGGAACAACUGCAGCAGGAGAUCAAAGACCUAGAAGGGAAGGUGUCGGCAAUACAGCAGGUGUUGGGUGAUCUGAAGGUCCAGCUCUAUGCCAAGUUUGGGAACAACAUCAACCUGGAGGCAGAUGAAAGCUGA